UAAGACCAUAUUUUAAUGUUUUAAAUCAUUCUUUUGCUUAGGAUUUUUUACUUUGAUCCUUUUUUCGGUUUCAAGAGUAACAGGGAACGGAGACAGCACAAGAGGUUUGUUCUACCUGAUGAAGUAUGGAUAUCUCCAGGGUAACGUGAACUCCUCCACGGACGGGUUGAAUAAGUACAUGAAGAGCGCAGUUCAGGAUUUCCAGACAUUUGCUGGGUUGGAACCAACUGGAGUACUUGACCCUGUAACAGUGGAGCUGAUGGAAACCCCUCGCUGCGGAGUUAAAGAUAUUAUUGGACAUGGAGCUACUGCCAGGAGGAGGAAAAGAUAUGUGCUACAAGGGAGCAAAUGGAGGGUGAAUGAUCUAACCUACAGAAUAUCCCAAUAUCCGAGUACAAAUAGGCUUAGUAAACAAGAGAUAGAUUUGCAGUUUAAACAGGCAUUCCAGCUUUGGGAGGAUGUUACCAGUCUCAGGUUCCAGCUUAGAGAUAGUGAUCCGGUUCAUAUAGAUAUCAAAUUUGUCAAGGGAGAACAUGGUGACGGAGAUCCAUUUGACGGUCCUGGAGGAACCCUGGCGCAUGCGUACUUCCCACAAUAUGGCGGAGAUAUGCACGUGGAUGAUACUGAAUACUGGACAAUUGAUUCUUUUAAAGGAACUAAUCUACUCCAGACAGUUGUUCAUGAACUAGGACACAGUCUUGGUUUAUCACAUUCGGACGUCCGAGAUUCUAUAAUGGCUCCGUUCUACACGGGCUGGACUCCGAACCUAAAACUGAGUAAAGACGACAUCCAGGCUAUUCAGGCCUUGUAUGGACCUAACGUGAAUGAGGCCAAACCAACCCCGCCUCCCACAACUAAGCCCCCAGUUCCCAUUCAACCUGGAGGUUCAGGACAACCUGAACCCGGUUCGGGAGGUUCAGGAGAUACUUCUCUCUGCGAAGAUGCAUCGAUUGAUACUAUUUUCAAAACAAAGGAUGGAUCUUCAUAUGUUUUCAAAGGUCAGAACUAUUGGAAAUUGACGGAUACAAGUGUAGCGGAUGGAUAUCCUAGGCUGAUAUCCCAGGACUGGGCUGGAUUGCCGGAUAAUCUAGAUGCAGCCUUUACCUGGGACUCAGGAGCAACCUACUUUUUCAAAGGUGGAGAAUACUGGAAGUUUGAAAACAUGGUUCCGAGUUCAAACUAUCCUAAACCUCUCUCCAAAGGGUUCCCGGAUAUCCCUUCCGAUAUAGAUGCAGCCUUUGUAUGGGGCGGAAACGGAAAGAUUUAUUUCUUCAAGGAUAAUAAUUACUGGAAAUUUGAUCCUGACCGAACCCCACAUGUCCAGUCUGGAAAGUAUCCUCGAAGUUUGUCUCUCUGGGGUCUACCUUCAAAUGUUGAAGGCUCAAUCCAAUGGGACAACGGCAAAACAUAUUUCUUCAAGAAGGGUCAGUACUGGAGGUUUAAUGAUCUGAGAUUUGGUAUUGACAGAGGCAACCCUCCAUUCCCCCGGAAUACCGGAGAAUGGUGGUUUGGUUGUCCUAAGGUUCGACCUCUGAUUGACGAGAAUGCCGGGGUAAACCUACCCGGAGUAAACCUGCCUGUAGUUCAGGCUGUGGAGGACGGAGGAGAUGUAGCGGUCAGAAUAGAUUUAUUAAACGAGGAGUAUUCUAAUACUGCAGGGGACGAGGAUCUCGAUGCAUUCUAGUAUUCAAAUAAAUCAUAAAAUAAAAAGAUAGAAAGGAAUUGAGUCUUUGCCACAAACUCUAAUUUUCUAAUUCCUAUAUC